CGGCGCUCGCAGCCCCGUCCCGGGAGCCGCGUCCUCGGCGGGGCCCGGCGGGAGCGGGACCGGGACCCCGCACGGAGCCGCCGCGGGGCUGGGGAGCCCCCGCCAGGAAGGAAGCCAACCUGCAAGGAAGGAAGGCUCAAACCUGCUCUGCUGCUAACGAAGCUGUUGAUAACAUACCUUUCAACUACAACAACCAAAUUUUGGAAGUGCUAUUGCAGGCCUUAACGUGAGACAGAUCCAUGUUUAAAGAAAAUGUUGCUGUCCUGACCAGCAGUCAUGAAGAGAAGGGGGUGAAGCGAAUUUGUCUGGAGAAAUAGGAAGUUUUGAAGUUUUCAGUGGGAUUUAUUACCAGUGGCUGCAGGAGGUGUUGCCAAGCCAACCGUUGACACUGGAAUGGAUGAAAAGCCUCAGACUUGAGCGCUUGUUUGCUAUGCUUCAGCCUUGUUUCCUGCUGUGUCCUGACCCUGGAGUGAGCACUGGCUGGGCUGCAAGUUUGGCAUUUCCAGCAUGAUCAGUGCUCGAAGGAGUGGCCGUACUACGUGAGCAGAGUGGAAACACAUGGAUGAAAUGCUUACCAUGCACUGAGCAGCACGGCCCCAGGCACAGAGCUCCGGGAAAAUGUCUGCUUGCAACACUUUCACUGAGCACGUCUGGAAACCCGGUGAAUGUAAGAACUGCUUCAAGCCCAAAAGCUUGCACCAGUUACCCCCCGUGUCAGAAAAGAAGCCCCUCUCGCAUGGAAACCUGAAACCCAAUGCAAACCAAAGCAACAGCCAGCGGGGCAGGAACAGCGGCAACUUCCGACCGCCCGUGGCCAAGAAACCCACCAUAGCUGUGAAACCCACCAUGAUGGUGGUGGAUGGGCAGGGCGUGUGUGCCGAGAUCAGCACGCUGGAGCAGGGGGAGAGCAAACCCCUGCCCGCGGGGUGGAACCGGAACAAAGCGGCCUUGAACAAAAAACCACUGAACAACAACAACAACGAAGAGGAGAUCGAAGGUUACGGCCACGUCUCCAGGCCUUACGGCAACAACGAGGGGGUGGGCAAGAUACCAAAUAACAAUAAUAACGGACUGACAGAAGUUUUGAAGGAGAUUGCAGGUUUGGACACCGCACCUCAGCUCACCGGCAGUGAAACGAACUCAAGAGAAACCUUCUUGGGGAGGAUAAAUAAUUGCUAUAAAAGGUCAUUAGAAAGGAAGAUCCCUCCGAGCUGCAUGGUGGGUGGAAUGAAGGAUUCACAGAGUAAGCACGUCAUUCUGAGUGGAAGCACUGAAGUAAUAAGUAAUGAAGGUGGACGUUUCUGUUAUCCAGAGUUCUCCAGCGGAGAUGAGAGUGAGGAUGACACGUUUUUUGGCAGCAUGCAGGAAGAGCAUGAGAGCUGGGACGAGAGUGAUGAAGAGUUGCUAGCGAUGGAAAUUCGCAUGAGGGGCCAGCCCCGCUUCGCCAACUUCAGAGCUAACACCCUGUCUCCUGUGCCGUUCUGUGUGGACAAAAAAUGGAACACUGUGCCCCUUCGGAACAAGUCUCUGCAGCGGAUCUGUGCGGUGGAUUAUGACGACAGCUAUGAUGAAAUUUUAAAUGGUUAUGGGGAAGAGACUGUGAUUCUCUACGGGCAGGAGAGCAUGCAGAGCAUGGUAUCGUCCGAUUCCACGUCUCCUGAUUCUUCUCUGACAGAAGAGUCUCGUUCCGGGACAACGAGCAGUUCUUCACAGAAGCUCUGUAAUGGAGGGUUGUCUCCCAGCACUCCUCAGGACCUCAAAUUGAUUGAACCGGAAUAUGAAAGUCUUUGUGACGAUCAGCAAGUGAAGGAUGUGUCAAAAGCGCCCAGAAAUGCUCCAAAAAGUCUAGAAACUCACAAGGCAGUCCUUGCGCUUCGACUGGAGGAGAAGGAUGGCAAAAUUGCUGUGCAGACUGAUAAGCAAGAGAAUAAAAGUUCUUCAGAUGUUGCUGGUCAAGCCGUAACUAUUAAUUUGGUGCCCGUGGAGGAGCAAGCUAAACCUUACAGGGUGGUGAACAUGGAACAGCCAGUGUGCAAGCCAUAUACUGUAGUGGAUGUAUCAGCUGCCAUGACCAAUGAAUGUAAGGAGAAUCAGACUGAAACCUCAGAAACCAAAAAUGCAUCAUCUAACCCGAGCUCACCGGUAACUCCAGGCACACCUGUUGCAUCCUCUGCAGCAUCACCUGUACGUGUAAAUGCUAACCUGAAAAAAUCCAGUGCAAUCAGAUACCAGGAAGUGUGGACUUCUAGUACUAGUCCAAGACAGAAGAUACCUAAGGUGGAGCUGAUUGCAAACAGCUCAGGACCUUCCGUUCCUCCCAGGAAGACAAGCCACAAGUCAGCUCCUACUUCACCUACAGCUACAAACAUUUCUUCAAAAACUAUCCCGGUUAAGUCUCCCAAUUUAUCUGAGAUAAAAUUCAACAGCUACAACAAUGCUGGCAUGCCACCUUUUCCUAUUAUCAUUCAUGAUGAGCCCACUUAUGCCAAGAGUUCCAAAAAUGCUAUUAAAGUUCCUAUUGUAAUCAAUCCCAACGCUUAUGAUAACCUGGCUAUCUAUAAAAGUUUUCUAGGGACCAGCGGGGAGCUGUCCAUCAAAGAUAAAACUACCAGUGUGAUAAGCCAUACAUAUGAGGAAAUAGAAACAGAAAGUACAAUAACUGAAGCCAUAGGCAGUAAACCCACUGAGUUGUCCCAACCAAAGGGGGUGACGAAUAGCUCCGAGUGCAGGCUGGGUUCUGUGGCUCAAAAGGUCCAAGAGUUCAACAGCUGUCUCAGUAAAAGCCAGAUAUCCCCACAGAGAAGUCACAGUGCUGACCACAGCUCCCCAUCAAAAGCUCAAAAGGCAACACAGGAGCCUGCAGCAAAAACAGACGUAACGCCGGAGGGUUCUGUUGGCAGCAGCGGUGGCAGAGAGAAUGCAAGCACGGUGCUCUCACAGAUUGUGGCUUCUAUCCAGCCUCCACAAUCUCCUCCAGAAACACCUCAGUCUGGACCCAAGUCCUGUAGUGUACAAGAACUGUAUUCCUUACCUCCGGAGGGAGACACUCCUAAAAACACCCUGGUACGACCCAAAUCUCUGUUUACGUCACAGCCUGAAAUAGAGUCCUCCAAGACGGCGGAAAGCACUGCUGGGAAAGUGCCGAAGGAUCCGCUGUCCCAGCUGGCUGCCACUCCCUCUCCAAAGCCAGCGCGAGCCACCCCCAAUGCCACGAGUCCUCAGGCAGAGCAGGCACCGCCGUUCCCGCCCCCGCGCUCCACCUCCUCCCCCUACCACGCCAGCAACUUGCUGCAAAGACAUUUCAGCAACUGGACCAAACCCACCAGCCCCACCAGGUCCACGGAGGCCGAGUCGAUCCUGCACUCGGAGGGGCGUCGCGCCGACGCGAAACCCAAACGCUGGAUAUCGUUCAAGAGCUUCUUCCGCCGCAGGAAACCCGACGAUGAGGAAGACAAAGAGAAGGAGAGAGAGAGGGGGAAGCUGGUGGGUCUGGAUGGAACUGUCAUCCAUAUGCUCCCCCCUCCCCCAGUUCAGCGGCAUCACUGGUUCAGCGAGGCCAAGUCGGACUCCAGCGAGAAGCCCUCCAUCGUUUUCAUGUACCGGUGUGAGCCGGCGCCGGCCGAGCCGAAGGCUGACCUCCCACCCAAGGGGGGAGUGGAGUCUGCCAUCGCAGAGGCACUGGCAAAAGACAAAGGAGAAGCACAGGAAAAGCCUCCCGAGAGCUCUGAGCAGAACCCAGCGAGCCAUUCCUCACCACCUCAGAUUCCCAGGAAAAUCCCCAGCACACCAGAACACUGUGGAAUCAAUGGCUCGCCAGAGUUUCAAGACAUGAUUAAAAGACUCAAGAAGGCCCUGAAAGAAUUUCCUUUAAUGGGGAAUUGUGUGAGUGAGUACAGUGGUCAAGUGCCCGAUGACACGACCCUGGAGGACUUGUCCCCUCGUGUCCCCAGAGCCGUGUUUGUGAAGCAGGACAAUGGUGGCAGCGCCUCCGUCAUCCCGGUGUCCUCGGUGUCCUCGGCGCGGCCUCUGCAGGGGGAGGAGGAGAAGGAAGAAGCUCCACGUUCUCCCAACUUAAACACCUGCAGUGCCACGUACAGCAAUUUAGGACAGUCCAGAGCAACCAUGAUCCCUCCAAAACAGCCGAGGCAACCCAAGGGAGCUCUGGAUGAUGCCAUUGCCUUCGGAGGGCUGGGGGACCAGGAGACAGUGAACAACUUGCAGCCAACCCCACCUCCACUGCCAAAGAAGACAAUCCUGAGAGCCAACACGGAGCCGACUCCCAGAGACCUCCAGAAGCAGGCUCUGGAGAACAACCUGUGCCUCAUGGCCAACCCCACCUACGACAUCGACACCAACUGGGAAGCGAGCAGCGCCUGCUCCUCCGUCAGCCUGGAGCUCAAGGUACUGGACAACGAGUCCGGAGAUUCCUUGGACAGGCCUACGGAAAAACUGAGGGCAACCACGUCGGCCACGAACAGUGUUUCCAGCCUAACCACUAUCAGUAUUAAGGACCGGUGCUCCAACAGCAUGGAGUCUCUGACGGGGAGGCACCUCUCGCAGGCCAGGCAGGGCAGGGGGGUGCAGAAGCCGCAGAGACAAGCACUUUAUCGCGGGAUCGAAAACCGGGAGGAGGUGGUGGGGAAGAUCCGAGGCCUCCACGCCGACUCCCUGAAGAAGCUGGCGCUGAAGUGCGAGGAUCUGUUCAUGGCCGGGCAGAAGGACCAGCUGCGCUUCGGGGUGGACAGCUGGUCCGACUUCCGCCUGACCAGCGACAAGCCCUGCUGCGAGGCCGGCGACGCCGUCUACUACCCCGCCUCCUACGCCAAGGAUCCGCUCAACAACUACGCAGUCAAGAUUUGUAAGAGCAAAGCAAAGGAGUCCCAGCAGUAUUAUCACAGCCUGUCUAUCCGGCAGAGCCUGGCCAUCAACUUCAACAUCCAGCAGGACUGUGGCCAUUUCCUGGCUGAGGUGCCGGUUCGACUCCUGCCGUGGGAGGACGAUGAGGCGCCGGACGUGGAAGAAGAAGAAGACCGGGAGGAAGAGGAGAAAGAACCUGAGCAGAAGAACAGAGACACGGCUUCCAGUGCGGAGGCUGCAGCCAAGGAGGGCCCCAGCAGGCCGGGGACCAUGAGCCGGCCCCGCAGCCGCGUGGUGGUGAUCACGCGGGAGGUGCCGCACCUGACCGUGGCCGACUUCGUGCGCGAGUCCGAGCCCCGCCACGCCAAGAGCCCCGACCUGUACGAGAGGCAGGUCUGUCUGCUCCUCCUGCAGCUGUGUUUGGGCCUGGAGCACCUGAAGCCAUAUCACAUCACACACUGUGAUCUGCGCUUGGAGAACCUGCUGCUGGUUCACUCCAGACCGGGAGGCAGCCCCCUGAGCCCCGAGUCCAUGGAGCACGGUCCCAACACCGCCUGCCCAGCCAGGCUCAUCGUGAGCAAUUUCUCCCAGGCCAAGCAGAAGAGUCACAUGGUGGAUCCAGAGGUCCUGCGGGAUCAGUCCCGCCUGGCUCCAGAAAUCAUCACUGCGACCCAGUACAAAAAGUGUGAUGAGUUCCAGACUGGCAUCCUCAUCUAUGAAAUGCUGCACUUACCCAACCCCUUCGAUGAGAAUCCAGAGCUGAAGGAGAAGGAGUACACUCGUGCUGACCUCCCGAAGAUUCCUUGCCGGUCCCUUUACUCUCAAGGGCUUCAACAACUUGCCAGCUGCCUGCUGAAUCCCAACCCUUCAGAGAGGAUCCUGAUAUCAGAAGCCAAGGGAAUCCUUCAGUGUUUGCUUUGGGGUCCACGUGAGGACUUGUUCCAUGCUCUGAGUACCUCCUCCAACCCCUCGCGGAGAGAUGCUAUACUUCAGAACUGGCUGGACAUAAAAAGGACGCUGCUGAUGAUCAAGUUUGCAGAGAAGUCCUUGGAGAGGGACUGUGGAAUUAUUCUGGAAGACUGGCUUUGUUGUCAGUAUCUGGCUUUUGCCACUACGGACUCACUUCAUCGCAUCGUGAGAAUCAUGAAGCAGCACUAGUUUGUAGAGCCUGUUGCUUUUCGUGAAGCACCCUCACCUCUGCCCCUGCCCUCACUCCAGCCUGCACUAGGGCUCACAUUUUGUACAAGUGUUAAAAACAGCCUAGAUAUCAAAGCCAGCAACUCUGAGCAAAUAGGUUCUCAUUGGAGAAAUUGCAUCCUGUACCCAGUCUGACAGAAACUUUCCUUUUUUUGCCGGGCCCGUUAGGGAUUGAUUAUAUCUGUAUGACUGCAUCGGAUCAGACAGUACGUGACUUGAUUCAUAUCUGGCAGAAAAGGAGAGCAAACUUUGAUACCACUAUUUCUACCACUGCAGUAAACAAAUUGCCCUCCUGU